UGGGCCCUCGCCGGCGCGGGGGUCCGCCGGGAACGGAUAGCAAGGCCAAUGGCUAUGGUCGAUCGGCCGCGCGAGGGCCGCUGGGAACACGGAAAUCCGCUGGGACGCCAUGGGUGUCCGCUGUGUGGCAAUCGGUUCCUGUGGGCGAGGUAAGAUCGAUACCGGCGUGGUCUGGAUGGCCUUUCGUGGGUGCGGGGCUGCGGCGGCCGUUCUGGCGCUGCUGUCCGCCGCGAUCGCGCUCUACGGACCCCCGCUGCACGCAGUUAUACAAAGAGCAUUCUCACUCCAUAAGGCACACUCAACAAAGGACAUGGAGAAUCUCUUUCAGUUGGUGAGAAAUAUUGUACCCGCUCUAACCUCGAAGAAACACAAAGGGCAAGAUGGAAGGAUAGGCAUAGUCGGAGGCUGUCAAGAGUACACGGGAGCCCCAUAUUUUGCAGGAAUCUCAGCUCUCAAAGUGGGUGCAGAUUUGACCCAUGUGUUCUGUACCAGGGAGGCUGCGCCUGUGAUCAAGUCCUACAGCCCCGAGCUGAUUGUCCACCCAGUCCUUGACAGUUCUAAUGCCCUCCAGGAGGUAGAGAAGUGGCUCCCCAGGCUGCAUGCCCUUGUCGUGGGGCCUGGCCUAGGUAGAGAUGACUUCCUUCUCAACAACGUCAUGAACAUUUUGGAAGCAACUAAGGCCAGGGACAUCCCCAUCAUCAUUGACGCGGAUGGCCUGUGGCUGAUUGCACAGCUGCCGGCCCUCAUCCAUGGCUACCAGAAGGCCAUUCUCACCCCCAACCGUGUGGAGUUCAGCAGACUCUGGGAAGCUGUGCUCACAGGUCCUGUGGAUACCAAAGACCACAGUGGAUCUGUGUUGAAGCUCAGCCAGGCCCUGGGGAACAUCACAGUAGUCCAGAAAGGAGAGCACGACCUGAUCUCCGAUGGCUGGCAGGUGCUUGUGUGCAGCCAGGAAGGCAGCAGCCGCAGGUGUGGAGGCCAAGGAGACCUCCUGUCGGGCUCCCUGGGUGUCAUGGCGCACUGGGCCCUCCUCGCUGGACGGGAGAAAACAAAUGGCUCCAACCCACUCUUGGUGGCUGCCUGGGGCGCUUGCACACUCACAAGGGAGUGCAACCACCAGGCCUUCCAGAAGUAUGGUCGCUCCACAACCACCACAGACAUGAUCGCCGAGGUGGGAACUGCCUUCAGCAAGCUGUUCAAGACCUGAGCCAGCAAGGGCUGAGGGGGCAACACUGCCCUCCCGAAUGUCCUCCACAUGACGAGCCACAGGCCUGGCAGCAUGGCUGCUUGCUGGGUCUUGAACUAAACUGGCUGACUGAGAAUUUGGGACACAGUUGUUUUUGUCUUACUAAAAUACAGUUGAGAUGUUGUGACACUAAA